AGCCAAUGUUGACUCCGAGGGCAAGUUUUAUUCCAGCAGGGGGUGUCUUUGAUAUAAUUUGAUUCCGGGAGAUGUUUCUUAUCCGUUCUCUUGGGGUUGGGGUGGUGAUUUUUCAGUCGCGACAGAACUCCUGGGAAGUGAUGUAGGGGGUGUUGUAUUGAAUUUGAGAGUUUGCAGAGAGACAAUGGAGAGGGGAGUGUGCGUGUGCCGUUGGUGGCUGCUGUUCAAGUUCCAGUCUGGAUUAGCAAACACGAAGAGAUGGCUGUUAGAAUCGUACAGCACACGGAACAGAUUUUAAACUAAUGGGUUACAGCCUCGCAGCCGGUACAGAACCCCUGGAGUAGAAUUCGGAUGCGUGAUUGACUUGUUUUUCUUUUAAAACGACUGCGCGAGAAGCCGACUCGUAAAUCUUAAAAAUAUUAUCAACAAUUUUAGUUCUGAUCUGAAAAUGGUUCUUUAGGCGCAAAAUCUGAAGACGCCCUCUUGUGUCGAAGAUUGAACCCUCGCUCUUUGAUUUGGUGUCAGAUACAACAGCAACAUGUCCAUGAAUUCAAAGAAUCAAAAAUCCCAUUCAUCGAGAAGAGGUGCAGCAGUGCUGAAGGAACAAAAGGAUGUUGCAUUCAUGCCACAGUCAGAGAGUUUGUCCAUUGAGCUGUUUGUACCAGAUGAAACAGCCAAUAACCUGAUCCAAAAUGGAGACACAAACAAUGGGCCACAGAAGGAAGUCUGGUUCAAUGCAUUUGGUGUACCAGAGGCACGUCAGGCACGGAAAGAACAAAGAAGUAUAUCAGUUAAGGCAAUGGAUACUCCAUUGUCCAGUCAAUAUGAACAAGAGGUACGACCAUGCAUUGAUCUCAUUGACUCGCUGAGAGGAUUUGGUGUGGACAGAGAUCUAGGGCUUCCAGCCAUUGCAGUGAUUGGUGAUCAGAGCUCUGGGAAGAGCUCAGUUUUGGAGGCCCUCUCUGGAGUGUCACUUCCCAGAGGGAGUGGAAUUGUAACCAGAUGUCCAUUGGAACUGAAACUAAAAAGAGUUAAAAAGGAGAAUGUUUGGAAGGGGAGAAUCAGCUACAGGGAUUAUUCAAAGAAACUCAGCUGCACAGCUGAGGUUGAAGAAGAAAUUGUCAAAGCCCAGAACAGUAUUGCCGGGCAAGGAGUAGGAAUCAGCGAUGAAUUGAUCAGUCUGGAAAUUGAGUCCACCAUUGUCCCUGACCUGACCUUGAUAGACUUGCCAGGAAUUGCCCGAGUAGCAGUUGGUAACCAGCCAGUUGAUAUUGGAGAGCGGAUUAAGAAACUUAUUAAAAAAUUUAUUCAGAAACAAGAGACAAUUAAUCUUGUAGUUGUGCCGUGUAAUGUCGACAUAGCAACCACAGAAGCACUGAAAAUGGCUCAGGAAGUGGAUCCUACCGGGGACAGAACUCUGGGCAUUUUAACUAAACCUGACCUGGUUGACAAAGGAACAGAGAUGAAUGUGGUGGACAUUAUGGAGAACUUGGUGGUGGAACUGAGUAAAGGUUACAUGAUUGUUAAGUGUCGAGCCCAGAAAGAUAUCAAUGACCAAAUAGCACUCAGUGAUGCUAUUUUGAAGGAAAAAGCUUUUUUUGAAGACCAUGAACAAUUCAGGCAAUUUUUUGAAGAAGGAAAGGCUGGUAUCUCAAAUUUGGCUGUUCGGCUAACAAAGGAACUUGUUAACCACAUUAAUAAAUCGCUGCCUCAGUUGCGACUGGACGUGGAGAGCAAACUGAACAAAUCGUUGGAAUCUAUGAAGAUGCACAACUCUGCGGUCCCCUCUUCUUACAGUGAGAAAAUGACAUUCAUAAUCGAGAAAAUCAAUGAUUUCUGCAACCAUGUAAAAAGUUUGACUUCAGGGGAGGAGCCACAUGACCAGACAAAAGGAGAAAGGUACAUCACCAAAGUGCGGAAGGAGUUUGCGACAUGGAAUUCAUUCCUGGCAAAGAGAAUGUCAGACUUCCGAGACUAUGUCCGUGACGAAGUUCUCCAAUAUGAAGAUCUUUACCGUGGAAGAGAGCUGCCUGGAUUCAUCAACUACAAAACCUUUGAAUCUCUUAUGAAGAAAGAGAUUGCACAACUGGAAGAUCCAGCGAUUAGAAAAAUGAGGCGUAUUACUGAGAUCACAAGGGAAGCUCUUUUACAUGUCGCUGAGCAACAUUUCAGUGCCUUCUACAACCUUUACAAAGUUGCCAAGGUCAAAAUUGCAAUUCUCAGCUAUGAGCAAGAACAUGAAGCAGAGAAGUUUCUGCAUGCCCAGUUUAAGGUCGAGAGCACGGUGUACUCUCAGGAUAGUCUCUAUAGCGAAGGCCUGAGUAAAUUGAAAGGCAACCAACUAUGGGGCCAUGGAAAUAUCAGCCUUAAAGAAAUGUCAUUUCAUUUAGAAACAUAUUACAAGAUUGCCUCAAAUCGACUGGCUGACCAGGUUCCCAUGGUCAUACUUUGCUACAUUUUAAAUGAAAUGGCGAAUAAGGUACGGAUGGCGAUGCUACGGCUCAUCCAAGAGAGGGAUCACAUCAAUGAAUAUCUGAUGGAAGAUCAAGACGUACAGAGAAAGAGAGACGACCUUAAAUGCAGAAUAGAGCGAUUGAGAAAAGCCCAGAAGAUAUUGCUUGAAUUUGGUUAAAUAAUUUGAAUGCAGUCAUUACCACGAAAAUGCAUACAUAUUUCAUUUGCUAAUUUCUUCCUUCUGUUUGGUCCUGAAGUCAAAAGUCACACCAUAUUACAAUCCUGUGUAACUGUAAAUAUUGUCAACCUAUUCACUUAAAUUAGAAGAAUUUAAGGAUCUUCCUCGCCCAAUUUCAAUACACCUGAUCUUCCUUCUGGAUAAUUUCCUCUUCCUUGUUCUGACUGAAGUUAGCUGACCCAGGAAGUCAUAGAUUGAAUUUCCAUUAACUGCAUAUUGAGCUGCUCAAUGUAUAAACUAGUUUAAGCUGCCUAGAAACUUUUAGUUAUCUUUAAUACACCAGAUGUAAUAUCACAGAGUAUUCCAAGUAUUUACAUUCUGUAUAAUAUUUCAGAUGUUGCAUUGAGGUAAAGACUGAACUUAAAGCAAAUAGAUAAUUAUCAGUUAUGUUCAGAAGGAUAUAUAGAAGGAGAGUGGGAAUUAGUGCUUGACUUGUUUUCUUCAUUGCACUAUUAGAUUUACUGUGGUGUGGUCCCUCUCGAUGGGUCGGUAAGCUACUUCUUUAGACCAUGAUUCAAUGUUGCACAAAGCGCUUUACAUUUUUGCUAAGUUAUAACCGAACAUACUUCAAUUUCAUAAUUGGUAAUUUUUGUAUGUUCAGUGAUAAAUUGAUAAAUCCUUGGAUCUUCAAGAUCAAAAGAAAUCAAUGUACAUUGGGGUUGUGCUGUUUCUUUUUAAGGUCUGUUCAAGGGUGUCAAAAUGUCUUUCAUCACCAAUGUAAACUGUUAGAAUCAGGAUUAAUAUCACCGACAUAUGUCAUGAAAUUUGUUAACUUUGCGGCAGCAGUACAAUGCAAUACAUAAUAAAUGUGUGUAAGAUAGAGGUCACUUGCAGCACUUACUUCUGCACGUUCAGUUAAACGUGGACAAAGAGUACCACAGGGGACUGGUGAACUUGCACAGAUUUGAUGACCAAAGAUGUAUUGUUCAUCCACUGACUUAUAAAGUACCCACCUGGUACAACAUUUAUCUAAUAGGAGACGGUGUUAAAGAACAUUUGCAGUGCAGUUUUAAAAGAGGAAAAAAAAAUCUCACUAUCUCCAACCUUAAAUUUCUGUAACUGGCCAAGUCUUUGCUUCCACAUAGGAUUCAACAUCACCAGAUUCAGAAACAGUUAUUACCCUACAAACGUCCGCCUCCUGAACCAGCAUGAAGAUUUUUUGACCUAUGCUUAGUAGAUCAAUCUUUCAUGAUAUGGUGAGACUCUACACAUGACUCAUUUUGUGAUAAACAUGGCUAUUAAUAUGUAGUAUAGCCAGAACCUUUCAAAAGUUGCAUUUAAAUAGCAUCCAUUCUACAUCGUAAUGUGGCCAGUUUGUACUUUGAGAUAGUUGCUUACUGUGCAAUUUAAGUCUGUCUUAAAUGUCGCACUGGUGAUCAUAACUGCGUGUGGUCUUGGGAAGAGUAAGAUCAUGGCCUGCCCUUGAAGCAGGAUGAAAGGGAGGUAGGAGAGGGUGAAAGAAAUUGGAGAGAUGAAAGCACCAACUGAUAGGCUAUCCUUGACAAGUUAUUUGGGGGACAAUUUUUUCACCUGGCCCAUAUGGAGAAAUCUCAGGUGUUCUAAUGCAAAAAGUGGUCACUGAGUUGUGUUACCUGUGCCAGUCACAAUUAGAACAAUAUAGCAUAGUACAGACCAUUCAGCCCACAAUAUUGUGCCAACCUUUUAGCCUGCUUCAAGAGCAAUCUAAUCCUUCUCUCCAAUAUAGCUCUGCAUGUAUCUGUCUUCCAUGUGCCUAUAUAAGAGUCUCUUAAAUAUCCUUAAAUGUAUCUGCUUUCACCAUCACCCCUGGCAGGGCAUUCCAUGCACUCACAACUCUGUGUAAAACAGCUUACCUCUGACAUCCCCCUUAUACUUCCCUCCAAUCACCUUAAAUUAUGCCCCCUCAUAUUAGUUGUUCCCAUCCUAGGAAAAAAAUCUCUGGUUGUUCACUGGAUCUAUGUCUCUUUAUUGUACAAAUUUCUCAAGUCACCUCUCAUUCGCCUUCAUUCCAAAGAAAAAAGCCCUAACUCACUUAACCUAUUCUCAUAAGGGAUGCUCUCCAAUUUUCAGUAAAUAUAUUUAAGACAAGGUUGGAUAGAUUUUUGCAUAGUAGGGGAAUUAAGGGCUAUGG